CUACUCACCGUCCAUAUCACACUUGCUGUUUAAACUUUAACCAUGUCGAACAAAAAGGUUACCACUUUAGACGACGAAUUUAAGAAAAAUCCAGAAUUAAAACGCGAAGAUAUCGACAUUAUAUCGAAAUGGGUUCACCAACAAUCUCACUUACCCAAAAUUUCAGAUUUAAAAAUAGCUUUUUUCCUACAUAGUUGUUAUUACAAACUUGAACCGACUAAAAGUUGCAUCGAAAAUUAUUACACGAUCAAAACUCGGUGUCCGGAAGUGUUUAAAAAUCGACGAUUCAAAGAAAUUAAACCCAACUGCGAAAUAAUGGUGCAAUACGUUCUUCCAUUUAAAACUCAACAAGGUUAUUCAAUCCUAUUUGUUAAAUUAAUCGAUAAAAAUCCAGAAAAAUUCGUACAUUUAACAUGCUUAAAAGGUUUGGACGCAACCAUUUCGAUUCAUUUUCAUCGAAAUGGAACCAGCGGAGGGCAUGUUUUAAUCGUGGACACUGAUAAUUGCACCAUGGGUCAUUUUUUGAAGUUGAAUUUGUUGAUUUCGCAAAAAUAUAUUUAUUAUCUCCAGCAAGCUUUACACAUUCGAAUUAAAGGAAUACAUUUAUUGGGAAGUAAUGUUUUGGUGCAACGUAUAAUAACAACUUUUAAACCGUUUUUAAGCAGUGAAAUUUUUCGUUUGGUUCAAAUUCAUAAAAGUUUGGACGAAUUAAACGUUUUUGUUCCAAAAGAUGUCUUACCGAAGGAAUAUGGUGGAAAAUCACCGAGUUUAUUCGAAAUGAGAGAUGAAUCUUUGAAGUUAUUUGAAGAGUACGACGAUUUCUUGGCAAGAGAUGACUUGGAAAUUAAUGAUGAAUCGAAGAGGAUUGAAAAGGUUACAAAUUGCGAUCAUUUAUUCGGAUCAGAAGGGAGUUUUAGGAGUUUAGCAAUCGAUUAGAUGUUUUUUGGAAAUAUUGAAAAGCAAAAUUAAAUGUUAUUUGGAUAAAAUACACUUUUAUAAACAAUU